CCCGCCCGCCGCAGAUCUGGCUCUGGCGUCUGGCUAGUGCGCGGCCGCCCGACCCGGCUAGUGUGCGGGCGGAGCCGGGCGGCGAGGCUGCUGUUGGCGGAACGUGCCGGACUGCGGGCCGCGAGAUGGAUUGUACUGUGCAGCCCAAAUUCCAGCCUCGUUGAGCCAGCCACACCAAGAACUUACCACCAGAAGAGCCCUUCCAAGUACUGACCAUGUCUAUCAUGGACCACAGCCCCACUACGGGGGUGGUCACGGUCAUUGUCAUCCUCAUCGCCAUUGCUGCCCUGGGGGCCUUGAUCCUGGGCUGCUGGUGCUACCUGCGGCUGCAGCGCAUCAGCCAGUCGGAGGACGAGGAGAGCAUCGUGGGUGAUGGCGAGACAAAGGAGCCCUUUCUCCUAGUGCAGUACUCUGCCAAGGGGCCAUGUGUGGAAAGAAAGACCAAGUUGAUGACCGCCAAUGGCCCUGAAGUGCAUGGCUGAGCUGGGCUGCGAAGGCCCUGGUUCCGUUUGCAGCCAGCCCAGAAGCACUGAGAGGGCCGAAGCAGACAUGAUGGAUGCUGUGUGAGAGAGGUUGACAGUUGCUGGCAUGGUCUCUUCGGGCUUCAUCAUCGCAUGCACUGACUUGCGGGUCCCGGCUGUCCUGGCAUUCCCCCUCAGCCUCCUGGUGGGGCUGCCCGUUGCAGGCAGUGGGCAGGCCUGACCUUGCUGGGGCUCAUGGCCCCUUAGCGCUUUUGUUACUUGAAUGUUUUAGCUGAGCCUGUUUUUGAUGGAGCUACUACUGUAAUGCGUGAACUAACCAACCUGUGAACUGUAAAUAGGCCCAGAAGCACGUGCUUAAGCCUUUUUGCUGAUUUUUAAAAUUACCACAUAGAGCCCAUGGGACUGGCUUGAUGACUGUAUUCGUGGUGAGCUGCGGCAGCAUGACCAUGGAGGGUCUUUGACUGGUCAGGCCCCAAUUGCCCUUGGCAGGUCUCACUGAGGUCUGAUCUGUGUGUAUGGAAAGGAAGUGAAAGGCUAGGCAGCUGGGGUGCUGGGGUGAUUUCUGCUUGGUUAGUAAUGAGUAGAAGAAAAACCACACCCCUCCCUUUGGAGAGCUUCAGCUUUGUUACGUAGCAGUGUGUGCAGAUGGCAGUCACUGCAAGGAAACUGCUGUACUUGUUUUGAAGCCUAUGACGGACAAGUCCCUAUGAGUCCUGAGGGCUGCCAGGCAGCUUAGCGGAGCAGUGUCUUGCCCUUUGGUCUUAAGCAUGCCCAGUACAUCCCUUCAGCACAGGCCUUGCAGAAACACCAGAGCCUGCGGCGGCUACUUGAAGUCUGAAACCUAGUCAGCCCAAGCAAGGUUUUGUUUUUAUAUUUAAUAUUUUCUGCACUGGAGUGGGGGUGGGGUAGGGGAUGAAUUUUUUUUUCCUCCCAUUUUUUCACAAGUGAGCUUCCUUUCCUCUCCAAUGACUGCCCACUGGCUGAGUAUUGGUUUUCACUUUAGUCCUCGGAGCUUUGUACAGAGCCCCUGCCCCAGCUCUGAAGGUGCCUGUGUGCUGUAGAUCAUUUCUAGUGUGCACAUAUGUAUUUACAACAGAGCCACCAGGAGUUCAAAUUCAGGGCCUGGCUCUCACAGGAAAGCAGCAUGUGUCUCCGAGAUAACCUUUGAGUCCAUGCCUAUAAGCUUGUUUGGAUGUUAAUCCCACCACUCUAAGUACAUUCUAAACCAUUCUGACUAGAACACCAGUGGGUAGGCACCUUUGAUAAUGACUAGGUGGCUGGCCCUGGCUUGGGCGACACACUUGAGAGCAGCACGGGCAGGCAGCAGAGAACUUCAGGCUGGAGACAGCUUUAAAAAGCAUGUGAGACUAAUCCAUUCUCUAAAUCCCAAGGAAAGAGCUGUAGGGAGCACUUCUUUUUAGCAGUGUAUAUCUACACAUGGUGUGUGUGUGUGUGUGUGUGUGUGUGUGUGUGUGUGUCAGAAGUUAAGGAACAGCUCUAGGUGAGGAGGGACAGCUCUAAGGCCAUUUGUGAGGGUAGAAAUAAGACAUGUAUGGUGGGCUGCUGCAGUAAAAACAGCUUAAGAAACUCUUGGACUCUGGUGAGAUAGAUAGCUACGUCAUGGAAGACGUAGAAAGGGGUAGACUGGACAUCGGCAGAGGCUGCUUAGGCUGGCUCGGAUGCAUGUUGGACCUGGCAGCAGUGACUCUUCGGGUCCAGGAGGAGGACAGAAUGUAUGAAAGGCUCUGCCCUGGAGCUGGCAGAGGCUGAGGGUUUUGGCCCAUCCCCAUCCCAGCUUUCUACCUCUAAUUCUUGCAGCGGCAGCCUAUACACUGCUGACCCGAAAACAGCUUGGAUCUACAUUUUCAGUGUGAGCCUGGCUCCUGGAAAUGCUCAAAUCACUCCACUGUCAGACACAGGUUGCAUCUUUUACUGUGCCAAUGACGUUUCUUCUUAUCAGUUAUACUUGUUGGGUGCUUCCUGUCUCCUCCCCAGUUGCCAGGGAUGUCUUUGGCAUUUUAGUCAACCCAUCGAGACUGGGAUGAAUUGCUGAAUAAGUUCAGACACUGUGGGGCACUGGUAGAGGUCGUAGGGAGAAAAAUGAAACACCUAUAGAACUAGUGAACAACCACACAAUAGUCUUCCCUGUCCUUGUUUAUUUUACACUCCAAUGGUUAAUAAGUUAUAACCCUCUCCAGAUUCUUUCUCAAUUGUGCAAACCUUUGUGGGGAAGUCUUCUGAUGAGUAAGAAGUUAGUUAGCCUUUCAUCCUGGGGAGCAGCAAGAACACC